AAGUCCUUACUUUUUCAUUUAUUUAUUUUUGACAAAAUAUGAAAGCAGGUUAACGGGUACUGUGAUAAACGAACAAAGGAAAGCGGUUGAGAAAGAAGAAGAAGAAGAAGGAAAGAAAAACCCUAACAAUCCAAUUAGGUUUAAAGAUGACAGGAACGGAGGAACCGACGGCGAAGAAGAGAAUCGCGACGGAAUCUUUAGGAUGGCUAACGGAAUCAUCAAUUAUGCCAAAGAAGCACAGAGCCAUAGAAGGCGUAGGUGCUUCCUCAAUCCUCGAAUUGAAAGCUGAACUCUACAAAUCUCAAGAAGAUUCCAAAAAAUCCAGAGAAUUAUCGGGUCCCGACGCCGAAUAUCAACGCGCCAAAACCAUAAUCACUUCCAAAGAUCCAUAUUCCAAUAAAAAUUCCGGUGUUGAAGCCCGUGCUCACAAGGAUAAACUUGAGUUGAAAGCUAUUAAAGAUGGAACAGUGAAUUAUGCUGCAUUGGAGAAGAAAGCUGUGUUGUAUGAUAAGUUAGUUAGAGGAGAAUUGUCUGAUGAAGAGGAUAAAGAGAAGUAUUGUGUUGAUUUUGCUCGUAAGGGUGAUGAUCAUGAUGAUGUGUCUGCUACACCUAAUGUGUUGCAAGAAAAUGAACGCGGUGGUGUUGAUGGUGACGGUGAUGGUGAUGCUUUUUCGAUGUUUAACUUGAAGCGUGCUGGAAUUGGACAGAGUGCUGGAGUAGUUGACGGUGAUGAGCACAAGCGUAAUGUUAGGGAAGUUCACGAAGAAGCUAACCGUGCGAGAGAAAAGGCUUCCGAAAUUAAACUACGUAGACAGGAGCAGUUAGCUGCUCAUCGCGAGAAACUUAAACAAGCCUAUCUUCGGAAGAGAUUGGAGCAACUGAAGGCCACUUCUGUGGGAUCUGGAUCUGGAUCUGAGAUUAAGCACCCAUGAGAUGUACACACCAAUUAUUCUCCAUAAUUUAUAAAGAUGGAUUUUCUUAUUGUAAGGCAUGAGGAGUUGAAAGCAGACUAAAACUGUGUUAUUAUUCACUGGAGUUACAACAUUGGUAUAUCUGACUUCCUGCGAUGCAAAAUGACCUCAAUCCCAAGAUAAACAAAACAAAGAAGGGCGAAAACAAGAAAGAGAAGAUAGAAGCAAAAGAAACAUUCCUUUUUUUUUCUGUUGUAAAUGAUGUAAUUUUGACAAUUGUUGUAUACAUGAAUUGUUGAUUUAGGGUUUGGUAAAGCA